AUGUCAGCAUGGAUAUUACUGCUCACUGCGGGUGUGUCUGUCCUGGGACUGUCAUGGGGUCAGCGGACUGAACCCAUGUUUGCCUCAAUAACUCAGAGUGUUUUCCCGCCGGACUAUGAGAAUAACCCUACGCAGCUCAACUACGGCGUGGCUGUCACUGACGUGGAUGGAGAUGGAGAUCUGGAGAUGUUUGUUUCAGGCUACAAUGGCCCAAAUCUGGUGCUGAAGUAUGACAAUCUUAAGAAGAGGCUUGUUAACAUUGCGGUUGACAACCGCAGUUCUCCAUAUUAUGCACUCAGAGAUCGACAGGGCAAUGCCAUCGGAGUGACAGCAUGUGACAUAGAUGGUGAUGGCAGAGAGGAAAUUUACGUCCUUAACACUAAUAACGCCUUCUCAGGGAGAGCAACGUACACUGACAAGCUCUUUAAGUUUCGUAACGGGCGGUUUGAGGAUCUACUGAAUGAUGACAUAAAUGAACACAGAGACGUUGCCAAUCGUGUGGCUGGCCGGUCACUCGCAUGUGUGGACAGAAAGGGAACAGGCCGUUAUUCCAUUUACAUUGCCAAUUAUGCCAGCGGAACUGUAGGUCCACAUGCUCUGAUUGAAAUGGACGAAAGUUCAAGUGACCUGUCCAAGGGAAUCAUUGCACUGUCAAACGUGGCUGAGCAGGCCGGAGUCAACAAGUUCACAGGGGGACGGGGGGUCGUGGUCGGUCCCAUCAUCAGUCAGACCCUACCUGAUAUUUUCUGUGACAAUGAGUACAGCCCUAACUUCCUGUUUCGCAACAACGGAGACGGUACAUUUACAGAUGUGGCGGCACAAGUAGGGGUUGAUGACCCGAUGCAGCAUGGCCGUGGAGUGGCGCUAGCAGAUUUUAAUCGGGAUGGGAAGACAGACAUUGUCUAUGGAAACUGGAAUGGGCCUCAUCGUCUGUUCCUACAGCUCAGCAAUAAUCGCAAGCAAAGGUUUAAGGACAUCGCCACACAGAAGUUUUCCAUGCCAUCUCCUGUUCGCACUGUCAUCGCAGCCGACUUUGAUAAUGACAAUGAACUAGAAGUUUUUUUCAACAACAUUGCCUACAGAGGACCAUCAGCCAACAGACUCUUCAGAGUUUCUCGGCGAGAACACGGAGAUCCACAGAUCGAGGAGCUGAACAUCGGGGAGGCCGCCGAGCCAGAGGGACGGGGAACUGGAGCAGCUGUGACUGAUAUUGAUGGAGAUGGACAGCUGGAUCUUUUGGUGACGCAUGGGGAAAGUGCAGCUCAACCCAUCUCUGUGUAUCAAGUCACUCAGGGCUCAUCUAAUAAAUGGCUCCGUGUGAUUCCACGGACACAGUUUGGGGCUUUUGCUCGUGGGGCAAAGGUGAUAGUCUACACCAAGCGAAAUGGCCCUCACACACGCAUUAUAGAUGGAGGAUCAGGGUAUUUGUGCGAGAUGGAGCCAGUGGCUCACUUUGGACUUGGGAAAGAUGUGGCCACCAGUGUGGAAGUGUUCUGGCCAGAUGGACGUUCUGUGGCGAGACCUCUGGAGCCCAGUGAUAUGAACAAAGUGAUGGAGAUCUAUUACCCUGAGAAUGAAGAGGAGGAGACCCCAGUGGUGGAGAUCGAGUGUGGACCAGGAUUUGAGGUCAAUGAAAAUGGCCGCUGCACUGACCAAGAUGAGUGCACACAGUUCCCGUCUGUCUGUCCCUCUGAACGACCCGUCUGCACCAACACCUACGGGAGCUUCAAGUGCCGUGCAAACAAGAGGUGUAACCAGGGAUACGAGCCUAAUGAUGAAGGGACAGCAUGUGUAGCCCAGGUGGCUUAUUUUGGAAGAAACAGAUCCUCAGCCUCCAAGCUCUUGGCUUCCCAUCUUUGGCCUCUCCUACUAACUCUUCUCGCUGUCUUUACUGCUUGCUUGGGGGCAUGA